AUGUCUCUAGCGUAUCUUGAUCCGGGCAAUCUAGAAGCCGACUUGCAAUCAGGGGUUUACACGGGUUUUCAAUUGUCUUGGGUCAUGCUGCUGGCUCAUGCAGUCGGUCUUCUCCUGCAGUGUCUCAGCGCUAGGCUCGGUUUUGUAACUGGGAAGAGUCUUGCUCAGCAUUGUCGUCAAGGGUACGGACAGCGGACAGGCACAAUAUUGUGGAUACUUACCGAAAUUGCUAUUAUCGGCUCUGACAUUCAGGAAGUAUUGGGUUCCGCAGUGGCUUUCCGCCUGUUGUUUGGCAUUCCUCUCUGGAUGGGCUGUGUUAUAACAGCCGCUGAUACUUUCACAUUCUUGGCAGCCCAGUACCUGCAUGGGACUCGAGUAUUGGAAGGUUUUGUAGUGUCGGUCAUAAUGAUAAUGUGCGCUUGCUUCUUUGCCAACCUGGACAUCGUCAAACCGGAACCGAUCAAUGUGGCACUUGGUAGGUUCCUGCCCUCCGUGGCUUCAUAUGCUGUUGUCCAAAUGGUCGGAGUAGUCGGAGCUGUUAUAAUGCCCCAUAACAUUUAUCUCCACUCGGCCUUGAUAAGCUCGACGCGCCGUAUCGACCGGCGAAAUCCUCGGGCUUUGGAGCAAGCCAAUGUGUAUUUCUCCUUGGAUGCUGCGGUCGCUCUUGCAAUUUCAUUUUUCAUAAAUACAGCGAUUAUGACCAGCUUCGCGCAGGGGUUCUUCUCUCCACAUUGUGCGACGAACCCCUCCGGAACGCUCGGAUGUAAUACUGCAGCUGUAGAGGCCACCAGUGAGUGCGAGUUAGCUGUCUGCAGUUGCGUGAAUUCUAUGGGCCAGGAAGGUUUCUGUACAGCUAUUGGUCUUAGUAAUGGAGGAUCGGCUCUCGCUUCGCUAGUUGGCUCAUCUGAGUUCGCAGCCACUCUCUUCGCAAUAGGCGUUUUAGCAGCAGGACAAGCCAGCACUAUGACCGGCUCGCUCGCCGGUCAAUACGUCAUGGAAGGUUUCUUGGGACUGCGCAUCCCGCUCUGGCUUCGAUUGCUUGUGACGAGGUCAAUAGCGCUGGUCCCCGCCUUGUUUGUAGCCGUUUGGCAGAGUAGUGCCGCUGGGGAGUCAGCGGCUUCCCUGUCAGCGGUCAACGAUUGGCUGAAUAUUCUCCAGUCGGUUCAACUACCAUUCGCGCUCUUGCCGUUGUUGCAUUUCGUCGGGGACCCGAAAGUCAUGGGACAUGAUUGGGUGAUUGGAAGGAGGCUCAAGAUUAUCUGCUGGGCGUGCGCGAUUUCGCUCAUUGUCAUUAACGCGUAUCUCCUGCAUUCCCAACUCGCUAAUAUACAAGCAGGUACUUUCGUGCUUGUUUUGGGAGUGGCAGUGUUUUGUGGUUACCUUGUGUUAAUGGCGACAGCAGUGCAGUCUGAGUUGAAAGCUUUUCUACGGUACAUUCGGUCCCCAUGGAUUUUGUGGCGCGCGACAAAUUAUCGCCGAUAGUGACCGUCCAUUGAGUCUCCGUUAGAACUUUACGCGGAGCAGUGACCGCC